GGCUCCGCGCAGUCUGCGGGCGGGAGGGUGCCGGCGAGGUGGUGAGGGCGGCAGGUGCGGGGGCGCAGCAACCCUGGCCAAGCCCAGAGACCGGAGGACACCCCCUCCCAGAGCUCUAACACAGGCAACUUCCCACUGCCGGUGACGGAGUUUCUCCGUUGCCCACGGACAUCCAGGAGGCGCUGUGGAGGGCAAGCAGGGUAACCCCCACUCCUAACCCACAUCUAUCCAAGGGGAGCCAGAGGAGCCAGCAGGUCCGGACUCGCUGAGGGGGCUCCACGCGGGGCCUCCCACGCACAGGUAGACAGCUCUUCCUUGUCUCCCUUCGGGAAAUGCAAAAUAUGGGCCGACCUGAGCUGGGACUUGGCUGAGAGGCAGAACCAUCCAAUCAACAGUCCCUCAAUGUUCACCCAGCUGGGACCUCUCUGCUCCCUGGCAAAGGCCUCAGGGACCUCCAGGUAGAGUGGGAAAAAGACCCAGCCUACUGGGGAGCAGGAUUCCUGGAAAGCUUUCCUACCUUCAUUCUGGGAGCAAGGGUCCCAAACCGUAGUUGUUUAAGACCAUGGAGGGGGGAUGGGUUUGCAAAUGGGGCCUGGCUUGGAGCCUCUGCUUUUCUCCAUCAUACCAUGGUGUCUGCUGAAGCUGACCAGAAUCUAGGCCUUAGCCCAGAGGUGUCCAGAGACAGCAUCUUCUGGAAGGCUCUUGGUGAGUCUACAGGGAGAAUUGGGUGUGCUGAUGCUGUGGAAUCCAGGACAUAGAAGAUCCUUGCAACGGCUGAACCCAGUCACCGCAGGGGACCAUCAAAUCCUCACAGAGCAGAAGAGGAGAGAGCCUCCAGCGGCCUCGCACAUCAGGGCACGUGACCAAUCUGCACUCUACCCGCCCCGCCCGGCAGGUCCUGGCUCUGCUCCCUUGAACCCAUCUGCAGACGCAAGCCCCGGCCUGGGAGGGACUGCAUCUCCCUGCAACCCUCUGCAGCUGCCUCCUUUGGAUCUUUUUGCGGUCUGGGCUUGCUGUUCUCUCGACAGUAGUCAGGAAGCCCUUACCCCAAAAAGUAUCUACGGGGGGCGUGGUCUACAGGGGGGACCUCCAAAGGUUCCAGACAUGAGAUGCAAGACAGGCCUGGCUGUUGGUGUGCAGAAAGACCUGUGACUGGGAAAACCACAGUUGAUCGGAUGGAUCCCAGCAGCCAUGCGAUGAGAAGAUGAUGAGCUUCUGCCCAGGAUGAGGUGCCUGGCAUCUGCCCUGCCUUAGCCUGAGUGGCCACUACCUCCUCCUUCCUCCCGUGAGUCACUCACUACAAAUCCUUCAAAUAAAAUCCUUGACUGUUCAA